GCUGGAAUCCAAAGGGAUUCCGCGGCGGAGGCUGCAGCAUCUGGCAGCUGCCUGUGACAUCAGCGAAGAGUUGGAACUCCUGGAGGACGAGCCACUAGAGGCUUUGCGCCUGGAGUGCGCAGUCCGGGAGCUGCCCUUCGUAGUGCUUCGAGACAGGCGCGAGCUCGCCAUCUGCCUCCUGGCCAUCGCACUGUGGGAUGCACUGCCGCAUUCGGAGCUCGUUCGCGAGGCGAGACACUGGGGCGUACCGACAUCCGCAGGCGACGCAGAAGGUCUCAUCGCUCAUCUCGUGGAUGCGUUGUGGACCUCUUUGGCUGAGGCUCGUGGAGUUCCCGUGCGGCGGCUGCCAGUGGCUGUCGGCAUCGCUUUGGUGGGGAAGGCUGCUCGCUUGGAAGGAUGUUCGGCCAAGCGCGUCGAAGCAGAGUUCGGCCGCAUGGCGAGGCGCCGUGGCUUGCCUGCCGAGCCUGGGGCAGGGAAGCAGUUUUACAUCGAGCUGAUCAUGCUCAUGCUGGUGUUGGAGGAAGCCAGUAUCGAGCAACUGAAACAGGAGUGUCGCGAAGCCGGCUUGGCAGGAUCUGCCAAUGUCACCGGUGAAGCAGCUCAGCGCGAGCUGCUGCAGCGGCGGCUCCUUGGAGCCGCGCUGAGUGAUCGAUGGGAGGCUCGGGGGAUACCUAUAGCUCGCCUCGGAAUGGAG